AUGUGGCAUAACGUUAAUCUACCUGGAGAAGAUACCAGCCACAACGAACAUCUUUUACCGCUUUCAAACUCAUCCAAUUAUGGCGACUAUAGGCAUCUGUUACGAAACGUAGAUGUGGGGAGUUUAGGAUACCCCUUAAAGUUCCCAGAGUCAGAUGCUGUCUGCGGAGACUUCCGGCCGCGCAGUGGGAUAUCACUGGAUCUGUCCACGGCGAGGAUCCACCCUAAGUGUUCAUAUGCACUCCACAGGAGCACAGUGAUCAGGAAUAGACAAGGCCUUGUCGGCAACAGGAGCCCCCCAAAGUCGCCGGUACUACAAAAGAUUCCUGCGAUGUCAAUAAACUACCGAGCAAAAUAUAUCUUUGCAGAUACGACAGAUGUUGAGCAUAAUACAUGUAUGAUCCAGUACAAUGGCACUGUUAUCGACAAGGCUAGGUUUCAGUCGGAACAAUAA